UUGAAGCAUAUAAAAGGGAAAAUUGCAUAGAGACUUGUUGAAUCCUCUUAUCCAAAAGUCGUGGACGCGAGAUAGCUCUUAAAGAAAAAGAUAACAACCGUGCCUAACAAAUACAUCAUAUGACUGCACAAAGAAAAGUCUAAAGCAAAAGCAGAAAACAUCCUUCCCCGGUGUGUGUUUCCCCCUGAAACAUGACCAUAGCUGGAACUCCGGGAGGCCCCGAAUCUCCGCUGCUGGAAGACACCGUCGAUGGCUACACGGAUCACAAAGGCCGUCCAGCCAGGAGAUCCACCUCAGGCGGUUGGAGAUCUGCAUACUUCAUCAUAGGUGUUGAAGUUGCAGAGAGGUUUGCAUACUAUGGGAUACAGGCCAAUCUUAUAAACUAUCUUACGGGUCGAUUAGGGCAGUCCAUAGCCAGUGCUGCCGAGAAUGUGAAUACAUGGACAGGGACGGGGAGUUUACUGCCAUUGGUAGGAGCAUUCGUUGCAGAUUCUUAUCUUGGCCGAUACCGAACCAUCAUUAUUGCUUCUCUUCUUUACAUCCUGGGACUAGGGUUGUUAACACUGUCUGCUGUGCUUCCUUCUCCCAGCCCUUCUAACUGCCAAGAAAGCAACCAAAUCACAUCAUGUUCUCCUCCUCAGCUCCAAAUAAUCCUCUUCUUUUUCUCAUUAUAUUUAGUGGCAGCAGGGCAAGGUGGGCACAAGCCUUGCACCCAGGCAUUUGGAGCCGACCAAUUUGAUGGACGAAAUCCAGAGGAAUGCAAAGCCAAAAGCUCAUUUUUCAACUGGUGGUAUUUUGGUCUUUGCUUUGGUACCGUAAUAACUUACUCUGUCUUGAGCUACAUUCAAGAGAACUUGAAUUGGGGUCUUGGAUUUGGAAUUCCAUGCGUCGUCAUGAUAGCGGCACUGCUCCUUUUCUUGCUUGGGACUAGGACUUAUCGAUAUAGUGUCAAAAAGGAUGAGAAAAGCCCAUUUGUGAGAAUUGGUGAGGUGUUUAUUGCAGCAGCUAAGAAUUGGCGAACAAUGCCUUCAUUGGUAGCUACAGAAGAGUUAGCUAGAGAAGCCCCACAUCACCAGGUUUCUCAACAAUUCAAGUGCUUGAACAAGGCGUUGCUUGCACCAGAUGGUUCCAAAGGAAAUGGAAGGCAGUGUACCAUUGAUGAUGUUGAAGAAGCAAAGGCAGUUUUAAGGCUGUUUCCCAUAUGGGCUACUUGUCUGGUGUAUGCUAUUACGUUCGCACAAUCAUCUACUUUCUUUACCAAGCAAGGAAUCACCAUGGACAGAUCGAUUGGAUGGGGGAUUGACAUACCAGCUUCUUCACUUCAAGCCUUUAUCAGCCUCUCCAUUGUCCUCAUCGUCCCCAUAUAUGACCGCAUCUUGGUUCCUAUUGCAAGAACCUUAACUAGGAAGCCAUCUGGCAUAACAAUGCUUCAGAGGAUCGGAACAGGCAUGUUUCUGUCCGCCAUUUCCAUGGUAGUUGCAGCACUAGUUGAGAUGAAACGGCUCAAAACCGCUCAAGAACAUGGGCUGGUUGAUAUGCCAAACGUGACUCUUCCAAUGAGCGUAUGGUGGUUGCUUCCCCAAUACAUCUUGUUUGGAGUUUCUGAUGUGUUCACCAUGGUUGGUCUUCAAGAGUUUUUCUAUGAUCAAGUCCCAAUCGAAUUAAGGAGUGUUGGUAUAGCCCUCUACCUCAGUAUCUUUGGUGUAGGGAGCUUCCUGAGCAGCUCUCUUAUCUCUGCAAUUGAAAAGGCAACCGGUGGAGAUGGCCAACAUAGCUGGUUCAACGAUAAUCUCAAUCGGGCACAUCUCGAUUACUAUUAUUGGUUUCUUGCAGGGCUGAGUGUGGUAGGAUUGAGUUUAUACCUGUAUUUUGCAAAGUCUUACAUAUACAAUAGGGGAAGUACAUUAUGAAUGUUAUUGCCUCAAUUGUUGUAAACAUGCUCAAUAAAAAUUGUUACCAUAAAUU